AUGACGGUAGCCAUUCCCAUUGACAGCGAGGUGGAAGAAUGGGGUCGCUUCGGAAUUUGCGCACUGAAGGAGGAUGGGCAGUGGUUUGAAGCGUCCGGCAGUGAAUUUGCAUGUGAGUGCGGAAAACGGCGCAUCCCAAUGGAAGGUUUGUACGAAAGGAGAGAUGUUCUCUCCCGGUUGUGUGACGUUUUGGUGUGGCAGCAGAUGUCCCUGAAGCAGCUCCAGUCGGAAUGCUGGCGCAGAAGGAUACCUUACAUCCCACAAAAGCGGGUGAGCCACAUCAUUCUGCUGGAGACAGAGAAUCCGCAUGCGGACGAGCAUGAAGACUUGCUGCGGCGCUUGAUGCAGGAUGCAUUUCCUGGCAGCCAUGGGCCUUUGCCAGCAGGAGGAAUUGCAGGAGUUUGGACGCCUGGGAGUGGAAGUUUCGCAGGCGGUGAGCGCUUGCCCGCUUGGACUGGUGAAAGGGCGCCGGGCUUUGAAGGUUGUGCCGCAACGCGGCCCACAUGGCAGGCGCCUAGUGGUGUGCCCUUUGGAAGCGCCCCACGGGCGAAGCCAAGGCCAGAGCCUCAACGUCCCGCUGGCCCCAAAGCAGGGCUUGGUGGUGCUGGAGCAGCUGGCGCGUGGUCUCGGGCUUUUCCAGAUCUCCGUGAAAGCGAGGAGCAUCCAGCGGCGGAGCAUUUCCGAAGUUUGGGUUUGCAGUCCACGGCCACUAUGCAUGAGGUGCGGAGAGCAUACCAUCAGCUGGCGUUGAAAUACCACCCGGACAAGAGUAAGGAUCAGGAUGACACGAAGUUCAAGAUGGUGACCAAUGCCUACAAGGUCUUGUGUGAAGUUGUUCGGCACUCGGUGAAGUUGUACAGCACUUUGGGUUGA